AUAGCAAAAGUUAUUUUUUUAUUAUGUGCCACAGACCAAAAAAAAAAAAGGUUGACGGGCCUCAAACACCCCGCGGGCCGUGGCUUAGUCACCCUGCCUUAUUCGAAGCAGCCCCUCUACUUGUUUUCAUUGCCCAAAUUCCACAUACAUCUGGUUUCUUUGGUUUCACCGCAGAAAUGGAAACUGCGGAGUCUUGAGGAAAUGGGGGGAGGAGGAGACCGUUCGGGAGAGAAGGGAAAAAAAGUGAGGCGACGGACGAGAGAAGAACAGGGGGUUCGAGUUAAAGAAAAAUAACCGGAAAGCUGCACGUUUCAAAUAGCUUGGGAGAAACACCGAGUGACAAAGAAAAGAGAGCGAUUUUUUUUUUUUUUUUUGGCAAAGCGUUUGUGUGUUUAUCCACGAGCGGGUCACGGCAUGGCGCUGUUCCCAUUCUGCAAACCAGCCACAGGAGCCGUCAGAGUGUCCAGGAUACAGCUGCUCCUGUCCUGUGUUCUACUGUCACUUCUCGUAUACUUCCUCCGUGGUCGGAAGGCUGGUGGCAAUGUGAAGUCCCCUCAUCCUUACUUUCGCUCCAUGGAACUGGCCACGGGAGGAGAAAGGAGAGAAACGGAGAACGGCAAUGCGGCAGUGCUCCAAAGCCCCGUGCAGACUCCUUGGGGCGCUCCUUUGGUUUGGGGUGACAACCGCAACUCGGUCCGGCGAAGGACUGAAUUUGCAGACCAACAAAUCCGGAUAGGCCUUCUUUCCCUCGUGGUGGGAACCUAUGCCAAACACGUGAGGCGUUUCAUCUCCUCGGCAGAAAUCUACUUCCUCCCCAAUCAGAUGGUCACUUACUAUAUUCUCACUGAUAAUCCUCGUACGUUCGAUCCCCCCAUCAAGUUGGGGCCCGGACGACAGCUGAAGGUGCUUCCUGUUGCCGAGUUCCCCGGCUGGGACAAGUUGGUCUAUCGUCGUAUGCCCAUUUUGGCUGACACCAUCAAAAACCAAAUUGGCAGGGAGGUUGAGUAUAUUUUCUGCGCUGACAUUGACCAGGAGUUUAUGGCUCCGGUGGAGGAAGAAAUACUUGGCGAGCUGGUUGCCACGUUGCACCCCGAACUCUUCGGCAAGCCGCGGACGGCGCUUCCUUAUGAAAAGAACGAAGAGUCAUCGGCUUACGUGAAAAAUGACGAAGGUGACUACUACUACACCUCUGAGCUUUACGGCGGGCUGGUUCUCGACGUGUACAGAAUGGCUCUCGGGUGUUCUUUGCUCAUUCUGAAGGACCAGGCAAACGGCAUCGUGGCCGGCGGCCGCGAAGAGAGCUACUUGAACCGAUACUUGAUUACUCACCGGCCAACGUGCGUGCUUUCGCCGGAGUACAACUGGUGGGAUUCGGGCCUGGCUGUGGCCGUGCCCGAAAUGAGGCUGGUCUCGUUGGGAAGGCAAUGUGAUGCAUUCGAUGCCAAGAAGAGAGAAAAGCACCGGUGUUGAGUUGAUGUGGUCUCAUUUGUUUUUGUGCCGCGUUCACUCGCGACAGCUGCUUGAAAGUGCCGAAGCAGGUCGGACUUGGAGACCCAAAGUUGACGUUCUCCUCUCAAACAUAAGCGAUGAAAAUGGCCGACGACAAGGAUGAGCUCGGGUUUGUUUUGUUUGUAAAGGCAAAUUUAAUAUUUGUUUCCAAGCAUUUUGGAUCCUAUUUGUGUUGGAUUGCAAUUCUAGUACAACCAAUAAAAAUAAGCAUAUACUUGUACUCA